AUGAGCAUCAACACCCAGGAGCUUUGGGAAGAAAUGCUGUGCCUCAAAGGACUCAUUGUUGUUGAUGCUUUUCAAGCCUGGUGUGGUCCGUGCAAAACAGUAGUGGAUCUUUUCCGAAAAGUAAGGAAUGAAGUUGGCAGAGACCUCCUGCAUUUUGCAGUGGCUGAAGUGGAUUCCAUUGAUGCUCUGGAAAAAUACAGAGGAAAAUGUGAGCCAGUCUUUCUGUUUUACACAGGAGGACAACUAGUCGCUGUUGUACGCGGAGCAAACGCCCCGUUGCUGCAGAAAACCAUCCUGGAGCAGCUGGCAGCGGAAAAGACGGUUUUGGAGCGCGGAGGAGAGCGCGGGCUGGCAGCCAGACCCUGAGCUCCUGCAGGGGUGCAUGCCUGAGGAGAGGCUCAGCUCCCCAUGCCAGCAGCCCUUUGGAGCAGGUUAAUCCCUUGCAGGAAUCCCAUCCUUCCACCUGGGAGGCUUGCAGGUCUGGUUAAUGCACCAUGUAAGUCUGCACGGAGCCACGAGUCCUACUGAAAAUUUUAAAAAAUUAA